AUGAAGCUGGAGCUGCUGGUGGUGUUGGCUGUAGCAACCCUGGUUCCCAGCCUGUCUGAGGGGCUGCUGCUCUCCAAAUGUGAGCUGAAGAACAAACUGACAGAGGCUGCUGACCGAUUCAAUAUGAAUGAGAAAAAUGCAGCAAAGGGUGUCGAACUGGACGACGUCUUGGCCAAAAUUAUCUGCAGUUUGGACCUAAAGUCUAGCUUAAACACCAGCCUUGUGACCAACCUUGUCCUGCGCAAACCUAUCCUGCAUAAACCCAAAAGGCGCCCCAUCAGCAGGAGACCUGUGAGACUGUUCGGGUGCAAACGUCCAGGUAGAGAUGUUGAGUCGAAGGAAAAUGGAGUCAGUUCUGAGGGAGAAGAGGACAAGCCUAGACCUAAUGGGAAGCCUGGGGGAAUGAGCCCAAGACCUAUAGGAAAGCGCGGGGGAAUGCAACCAAAACCUAUUGGGGAAACAGAGGGAGUGAGCCCAAGAUCAGAGAGGCCUGAGGGGAAGAGACCGAGACCGGGACCGAGACCAGGGAGUCCUGCGAGAGGAAGGAACAAGCGUGAGGCCGAGGAGUCCACUGGUGAUGAGGAAGAACAUGACAAAGUUGAGGCGCAAGAAAGCAAAGCGGCUGAGGAGGAAGAGUUUGGCGGCUAUGAGGAUGAGGGUGAUGAAGAUGAGGUUGACGAGGAUGAGCUGGACGAGGAGGACCUGGAAAAGUUAGAGGCGGAGCUGGACGAGCAAGAAGGAGAGGAACUGAAUGAAAGAAAGGGGAACAGGAGGAAGAGACACAUCCCAAAGCAGUUCAGAGGUCACGGACAUAGCCGCAAGCCACCGCCACCACGUAAGCCGAUGCGCAAGCCAUUCAGGCCAUUCAAGCCGAUCAAGACCCUGUCCUUCAGCUUUUUUGGUCUCUUCCAGCUGAGCAAUCGCCUCGCCUGCGUCUCCUCCAACACCACUCGCUCUCUCAAUCUCUGUAAGACAGAGUGCAGCUCCUUCGUUGAUGAUGACAUCCGUGAUGACAUUGCCUGCUUUGUGAAGUCUCAUGCCUGGAUGAAGGAUCUGAGGUUCCCAUGGAAAUGUGCCAAGCUGCAAGCCUCUGAGUACUUUGAGUGUGACCAACCACUUAACAGUACUAUGAGUACUUUGAGUGUGACCAAUCAUUUAACAGUACUAUGAGUACUUUGAGUGUGACCAAUCAUUUAACAGUACUAUGAGUACUUUGAGUGUGACCAAUCAUUUAACAGUACUAUGAGUACUUUACAAACAACAACAUGGCAUUUUCCUUCCUUCUCUGAAUUCUUAUCUUCUGCUAAAAGCGCCACUUAGCAGAUAUGCUAAU